AUGGCCCAAGCAGAAUAUCGCCAGCUCGGCAAGUCCGGCCUUCGUGUCUCAGUCCCCAUUCUUGGGGGAAUGACCAUUGGAGACCAGCAAUGGCUGCCUUGGCUGCUUCCGGAAGAUAAGGCUCUGAACCUUCUCAAAACGGCCUGGGAUCAGGGUAUCAAUACCUUCGACACCGCCAACAUGUACUCCAAUGGCGAAUCCGAGCGUAUCAUCGCCAAGUUCAUCAAACAGAAUGAGAUUCCAAGGCGCAACCUCGUCAUCAUGACUAAAAUCAGAUUUCCUGUCUCGGAGGACGAUCAAGUCGUUACCAGUUUUGCCGGCCCCAAGUACUAUCACAGCCGCGAUUACGUCAACCAAGGUGGCCUCUCUCGCGUCGCCAUCUUCAACCAGGUCGACGCCUCGUUGGCGAGGCUCCAGACAGAAUAUAUUGAUCUUCUUCAGAUUCACGCGUUCGAUCCCGAAACGCCAGUAGAAGAAACCAUGAAGGCCCUCCACGAUAUUGUGAUGUCCGGAAAAGCUCGCUACAUCGGCGCCUCCAACCUCCGCGCGUGGCAGUUUAUUGAGAUGAACAACGUCGCCCAGCAGAACUGCUGGACGCAGUUCGUGUCCGUUCAAGUGGAGCACUCACUUCUUUACCGUCCCUACGAGCUCGAGAUGUUCGCAUACUGCGACUACAAGGGGAUCGGCAUCCUGUCUUACUCCCCUCUCAUGGACGGUCAUCUUGCCCGCCCUGUAGGGGUUACUACGGACCGAAGCAAAAUAUACGAAGGCCAUCUGUUGGAAAAGAAGAGGAGGGAGUCGGACAACCAAAUAAUCAAGCGCGUCGAAGAGCUCGCGAGCAAGCACUCGUGGAAGAUGUCCCAAGUUGCACUUGCUUGGUCUCUUACAAAGGUCUCGAGCCCCAUCGUCGGAGCUAAUACAUCCGAGAGGGUCAAGGAAGCAGUUUUGGCAGGGAGGAGACUCAGUCUUGAGGACGUUGAGUAUCUCGAGGAACCGUAA